AUCACAGCGGCCGGGUUUCUGCUUUUGUACUCUUGCUGCUGCCCAUUCCCAGGACCUGGGUGCACACGGUUUGUCUAACACUCUUCGAAGACCAUGGAUUCAGAAAUUGAACAGCAGGAAGAUGCCUCGUUCAGCAACGCAGAGAGCAAUGGUAAGCGCCCAGCUGAAGAUGCAGAUGAACAGAAAUCAUUUAAACGCUCCAGGAACUCUGAUGAGGUGGUUGAGCUUCGUAUUCUCCUGCAGAGCAAGAAUGCAGGAGCAGUAAUUGGGAAAGGUGGCAAAAAUAUCAAAGCCCUUCGUUCAGAUUUCAAUGCCAGUGUGUCAGUCCCAGACAGCAGUGGGCCUGAGCGCAUCCUAAGCAUCAGUGCUGACAUUGAGACAGUUGGUGAUAUCCUGCUGAAGAUCAUCCCAACUCUGGAAGAGUACCAACAGUACAAUGGUGUAGAUUUUGAUUGUGAACUCCGCCUGCUGAUCCACCAGAGCCUGGCUGGCUCAAUUAUUGGGGUGAAAGGAGCUAAAAUCAAGGAACUCAGAGAAAAUACCAAAACCAGCAUCAAGCUGUUUCAGGAGUGUUGUCCUCAGUCAACUGACCGGGUGGUGUUGGUUGGGGGUAAGACUGAAAGGGUGGUGGAGUGUAUCAAGACGAUGCUGGAGCUUAUCGCUGAUGCUCCAGUAAAGGGUCGUUCACAGCCCUAUGACCCUAACUUCUAUGACGAAACAUAUGAAUAUGGUGGCUUCACAAUGAUGUUUGAGGACAGAGGGGGUGGCCGCAGGCUUAUGAGUGGGUUCUCCCCGCAUGGCAGCAGGUCUAGUCGGGGAGACCGUGGGUAUGACAGAAUUCCUUCCAGCAGAGGAGGACGUGGGCCCAUGCCUCAUCGUCGAGAUUACGACAUAAGUCCUCGCCGAGGACCUCCUUCACUCCCUCAAAGUAGGGUGAGCAGGGGGAGUGGCCAUGGAGGAAACAUGUCCUUGGCACCCCCACGCAGACGAAUGGAUGAUCGUUACUAUAGCUCCUACCGGAGCUCAGAUGAAAGAUCAAAUGAAAGAAGAAGCAGACUGGAUCGCUAUAGUGAUAACAUGAGUGGAGGUGGUUAUGACAACAGUUCAUCCUGGGACAGCUACCAGUCAAGUGGCCGUGGCUCUUACAGUGAUCUAGGUGGUCCUGUCAUCACAACACAAGUGACGAUCCCAAAAGAUCUCGCUGGGUCUAUCAUUGGCAAGGGAGGCCAGAGGAUCAAACAGAUCCGCCACGAGUCAGGAGCAUCCAUCAAAAUUGAUGAGCCUCUCGAAGGUUCUGAUGACCGUAUCAUCACCAUAACCGGCACUCAGGAUCAGAUCCAAAACGCCCAGUACCUUCUACAGAAUAGUGUGAAGCAGUACUCUGGUCAACUCCUGUAGGCCCAGGACUCUUGGUGAAGCACAUCCAGAUUGUCCUCUCCACUCUUCUGAGCAUUCUGGAUUAUGGGUGUUUUUAUUUUAUUUUUUUUAAUGAAAUGUCCAACAUUCCUGUGAAUAAAAGAAAAAUGUUUUAUGCUCUGCA